AUGACAACGGAGGGGGGAUUACGCCAAUGUCUCACUGACCUGACAAGGGCCGACACUAGUGGUGAUUAUCAAAAAGCUCUACAAGCAGCUAAUCGAAUCAUCCGUCGCUAUCCAAAAGAACAGUACGCAUUCAAGUGCAAGUUGGUAUGUCUUAUCCAAUUAGCUAUGUACGACGACGCUCUUACGCUGCUCAAGAAGACACCACCUAGCCAAAUGGGUGAGUGUGCUUUUGAAAGAGCAUAUAUUUUCUACCGGCUCGAGAAGAACGAUGAAGCAUUGGAGGCGCUUGAAGCGUGUGAUCCGAAAGACUUUCGCGCUUUGGAGUUGAAAGCUCAGCUUUGCUAUCGCUUAGAUCGGUUCCAGGAAGCUUAUGACAUAUUUCGAGAUUUGCUCCGUAACCACUCUGAUAGCUACGAUGAUGAACGAAAGGCAAAUUAUCUUGCAGUACAGGCUCAGCUCGAGGCUAUAGGAGUUAAACAGCAAACAAACGAAGACAAUGAGACAUUUGAGCAGCUCUACAAUACAGCUUGUCAGCUAAUUGAAGCGGGAGAUUACGACGCCGCACUGACAAACCUUGACAAAGCCAUAAAUUCUUGCCGUGAUACUCUGAGCGAGGAGGGCUUGGACGAGGAUGAAAUUGAAGACGAGUUAGCAAUGUUACGUGUUCAGCGCGCUUUUGUAUUGCACAAGAUGGGUCGAAAAAAGGAAGCCAUUGAGAUCUACAAGUCUCUUCAAGCAGCUGGGCCGUCUGACGUGAGCGUCGUGGCCACCGUUGCAAACAACAUGGCGAGUGCAUUGAAGGACCAAAGCCUAGCAGAUUCUCGAAAGAAACUGAAGGCUGCUCUGCAAAUGGAUCAAAAGAAAUUAUCUACUCGUCAGAGACGUACUCUUAUGCUGAACAAUGCUCUCGUAUUGCUCCACUCCAAUCAAAGAGAGCCUUGUCGACGAGCUUUGGACGAAUUGGUGAACCUGUUUGGAGCUUCCAGAGACAGUCGACUGAUUGAAGCAGCUUUGUGUUUCAGACUUAACGAAUAUGAGAAGGCCAUCAACAUGCUAGCAAAUGGAGAUUUACAGAUGGAUCUGACUCGAAUACACCUAAUGAUCAACAGCGGAAAACUAGACGAAGCGGUAACUGCUCUGAACAAAUUACCUGUCAAUAUUCGUUUGCAACCUGCUGUAGUGAGUCUUGCGGUCAGCCUGUUGGUGUCUUUAGAAAGAAAAGAUGAGGCGUUAAAGAUGCUUAAUGAAGCUGCUAGUCACACGCGUGAUCUAAAAGUCCAGCGACAAGUUCUUGACCAAGCGGCCUUGCUGGAGUCUUCAAGAGGAAACUCUGCCGAAGCCGCCGCCUAUCUUGAGAAACUUGCUGAGUUUGAUCCUAAUGAUAUCCGUGUAUUAUGUCGACUUAUUCGUGCGUACACUGAUGUAAACCCAAAAAAGGCUGAGGAACUCAGCGCACAGGUGUUCCCGGAAACAAUGGAGGAAGGCGUUGACGUUGAUAGUAUAGAAGAGAGUGAUUGGAUUCUUUAUGGUGAAAAAUAUAAACAGAAGAAGGAGGCAAAAUCUGAAGUUGAAGAUACGGAAAUAGUUACAAGGAAGUUGAAGAACCGCAAAAGAAAGCGGAAGCUCCGCCUUCCAAAGAACUACGACCCGAAUGUACCUCCUGAUCCAGAAAGGUGGCUGCCGAAGCAGGAGAGAGCCGCUUACAAAAAGAAGCAAAAGAAGAACCGUGAUCGAGACAUUGGACGAGGGACCCAAGGAUCUGCAUCAACAAAUCCUAAUGUAGAGUACGUAUCGGCUUCGCCAAGUUCUCCAAGACCAGUCGCUGCAGCACUUCCCGAGGGACCUCGUCAGCUGCGACCGAAACAGCAGCCAAAAAAGAAGAAGAAGCCUGCAAAGUUCUAA